UUAGAUGUGCUCGGCUUUAUGAGCCGCAGAGCGCCGCCUGCUGGAGAAACCCCGAGCCUCUCCGAGCCUCUCCGAAUCUUUCCGAAUCUCUCCGAGCCUCUCCGAGCGACACCUCGCUCAGUCAGCCAUGUAAAGUGCAGGCGACGGGAUCCUGUUCCCAGCGAAUAUUAUUCCUGAUCUUCAUAUUUCAGAUCGCAGUGAAACAUGGUUCAGUCCUGCUCGGCGUACGGAUGCAAAAACAGAUACCACAAAGACAAAAACAUCUCGUUUCAUAAGUUUCCUCUGGCCCGGCCGGACGUCUGUGGGAAAUGGGUGGCCGCUAUGAAGAGAAGAAACUUCAAACCCACCAAAUACAGCAACAUCUGCUCCCAGCACUUCACCAGAGACUGCUUCAAGCGCGAGUGCAACAACCGAGUGUUGAAGGACAACGCCGUGCCGUCGCUCUUCACCUUCAGCAAACUACAGCUGCAGGCAGCGUCUCUGGAGGAGAGCUUCAGCCCAGACAUGGCCUUUCCUCUGAGCCUGCCGCUGUCGGACGCGGAGGAGACGCGGGCCGCGGUGCGUCCGUCUGAAGCCGAGCCCGCUCCGCUCCUCCACACCAGCGCCUUCGUCUCCUGCGACCACAACUACACGGUGGAGGACACGGUGCAGCAGAAGAGACGCAUCGAGCAGCUGCAGGAGCAGCUGGACAAGCUGCGCAAGAGACUGAAGACGGUGCAGCAGAAGUGCCGGCGGCAGGAGAGACAGCUGGAGCGCUUCCGAGCCAUGAGCGAGGUCCAGAGGGACGCGGCGCCUGGGGACAGCUACGUUAUCCUGCCCAAAGAGAUCUACGACGUCCUGAAGGGAAUAGAGACCAUCGGUGCGUUGUGAGGGAAGCCGGCCUCCAGAGAGUCACGGUUUCAAGUGGUUUUAGCUUUUAGCUUUUCUGUCAAUCAUGACUUGUGUCCUGAAUGUGUGUGAGCCGUUUCUGCCGUGUUCUCUCGGACUGAAGGAGGUUCAGAUGGACAGAACCAGGUUUAGCUGCUGUGGGCGUCGGCGUCGGUUCUGAUCACAGAUCUCUGUGGAACCGAAAGACCUUUCAGGAGAGGAUCGUCCGCUUCAGAGCAGAACUCACUCAACACGCAAUAACUGAGGAUUCGGGUGUGAUCGACGCGUCUGAGUCGGUCAGAGAAACUAAGCCCUUUAGCACUUGUGAAAAUAGAGGAUCCGCGGUGCAGGAGAGACUCGAGCGACGCUGAGACAAACGCUUCAGCAAAUCAGGUUCUCAUUAUCUGCAGAUUUGUUGAAAUGGCAGCAGAUCAGUGUUUGUUCUGUUAUUAAAUGUUUUUCUAAUUUAAACCUCUAGAAUUUAUACUGACUAGUUUUUGAAUUGAUUAAUGUACUAAGAUGACCAAACUGGACUUCACUAAACACAUUUUCAGAAGCCACAGAGUCACAUAUCAAAGGGCUUCGUUGUUGUUUUUCACCCCUUGCCGAUUCAUUUAUUAUUUACAAAACUUUAAUAAUGGUGGAAUCAAUUUAAGCCAUAUAUGGGUAAAAAUAGACUUUUUGCUGGGAAAACUUCAAUCGUAGUUGCCUUACGGUCACAGUGCAAUUGUUCAUGUGUUUGACUGUUUCAAUACAGCGCUGUCAUUCUUGACCUGAGCUUGUGUUUGAAUGAGUUUCAGUGUCGUCUAAAUGUCACGCUUUAUUACUGUCCUGUGCAGACACACUUAAUGGAAGAUGAUUGCGUAUAUGGUCAAUAGCUGGUCAGAUUUUCAAGGCACCACCCUUACAAAACUUUAUACCACAAUAACGAAAGUUUCCACCAAAAUAUGAAUUACUGCGCUCUGAUCAUAACAAAUGAAUAUGAGAAAUGAUUCAAACUGUGUAAGAGUCUUUUUCAGAAUCUCUGUUAUUUUAAUUUCUCAAUCAUUGUAAUGUUUAUGAAAGAGAUGGCUAAUAACUACAGUAACUACUAUGGUGAAUGUUUGUGAGGGUAAACUGGGAACAGCAGCAUGAGCUCGACACCCGUGUUUUGAUCAUCACAGAAAUGAAGUUCGUUAACAUGCUGCAUCAGAUAAACAAACUCUCUUCUAGGAACUAUGAAACCAGUCUGUUUAGUUUUUUUAAUUUGGGGCCAUUUAAGAAAAAUGACAUUUAUAGAUAUGUAUAUUUAUAGAAAAAAUGUUGUGAACAAAAUAUGUGAAUGUGGCUAAAACUAACCUGUCUCAUGACGGUCUAAACCCAGCUCACACUGAUCACA